ACUCAGUGCCUCAAUGGUUUGAAGCAACAACCUGACUUCAAAACCACUGCUUUUUCUCUCUCCUUCUCCAAACCUCACUUUUCCAUAAUAAUGGCAGCUCAAAAUAAAAUUCAAAAUUUCUCUUCAACCUCAAAAAGUCAAAUAAAAUUUCUUUGUAGUUACGGUGGAAAAAUUCUUCCUCGUCCUUCCGAUGGACUUCUUCGCUACGUCGGUGGCCUUACUCGUGUCGUCUCUGUCUAUCGCUCCGUCACUUUCACCGAACUAAUGGCGAAACUCGAAGAUCUCUGCGGAUUUCCAGUGAGUCUUCGGUGUCAAUUACCAAGCGAAGAUCUAGACGUUCUAAUAUCAAUCAAAUCAAACGACGAUCUCUUCAAUGUAAUUGAAGAAUACGAUAAAGCGUCGUCGAUUUCUGGUAAAGAAUUGAAGAUUAGAGCGAUUUUGUCUUCUUCUAAAUCAGCUUCAUCAUCAACAACUUCUCCAACAUUUUUGUCGUCAUCUUCUUGUGCCGAUCUCUCACCUAUGAAACGGAAAUUCGUCAGUCCAGGCCAAAAGCCAUUGAUGAGAAGAAUAAACAACUACAACAUCGUUCGAGAUAAUUGCCACUAUUAUCCUUGCCAUAUUCAAGCCAAUUCUCGACCUUCUUCAUACAUUCUUCCACAUUCAAAUCGCUUGCACUAAAAUCCUUUUUAAAUAUUUAUAUUCUAUUCUUUGCAAUUAAUUGAAUGAUACAGUAAAAUGAUCAUACAGAGUAAAAACUGGCAAUAUCAAAAAUCAAAAAAAAAUUAAAAAAAUAAAAAGAAAUUGGCCUUUAUAGUUUUUGAUUUGAGGUCUAUGUAAUUAGUCUGUAAAAUAUAUUAGCAAUUACUGGUACUUUGUGUACUCCUUAUAAUACGGAGUUGACGAAUUUGAUUGUUUGUUCUAUCCUUAUAUUUCCGGCGAUGCUCCGUUUUUGUUGGCCUUUUUUUCACGGCAAAUGGAUUAAUUCGACCCCAAUUCUUUUCGCUGUUAGGGUUCCGCCGAACGCCAUAUUAUUUAUUUUUUUACCUCUUUCAUUUAAAUUUUUUAUCAUUAUUUUGUUUUAUUUAUUUUAUAAUAUUUUUGAGCGGUUCAAACUCCAAAUUAACCAUCCAACAUUCAACUCGUCCAUGAGCACUUUUUUUUGUAGGAAAUGGUUUGAUUUGAUAAAAUUAUCAUGAUAUACAGUGAUUUUUUUUAUUUUUUUUAUUUUUUGUUUUCCAGUGUGCAAUCUUAAUUAAUUUUUAUAUUUUUUUGUGUGUUGUAUGUGUUGUUUAUUGGUUAUUUGUUUUUUAAAUAAUGUUUAUUCUAUCUAUGAAAGUGUGUACUAAUUUCGUGUUUAUUUCGUAAGUUGUUUUGCAGGUCAAAGCAGAAGAAGUGUUCAAAGAAGACAAACUUAAUCGGGCCAAAUCUUGGUGGACUACAAUAAACCCGAAAUUUGUGGCAAAAAUGAUUAUAUUUGGACCAUUAAUAAAAUUAGACUCUAAUUAAUAAGUAGACAAAAUAAGAAACGUAAUAAAAGUGAAAAGAAUAUAAAUAAAAUAUACUUCUAAACAAGAAGUUGGGCAAGUGGGAUGGCCCUAGUUAUGUGGACCAAAUAGUUCGGAGAUAAGGAUAUGAUAUGAUCGCCAAUUCGCCAUUAUUAUGAAAAAACUAUAGGUUUCUUUAGCAAUAAAUUUAAGGAAAGCUUGAAUAGUGCAGGAAGAGGUUGGCAUUAUUAUCAUAGAGAUUGAAUGUGGACAUGCCAACUACAUUGGGUCCCAAAAUUUAUUUAGGAUUGAAAUGAAUAUUUGGUGCAAUUCAUCAUCCAAUUUGUUAUUUAACGUGUAGAUAAGACCGGUGGAAUUGAUAUAUACGCAAUAGGUUGAUAAUGGUGAAUGAUAUUAUUGAGGAGGAUGUAGAAAUGAUGAUAAAACUCCUUGGCAAAAAAUAUACGGAAAGAUAUACAUAUAAGAGUAUUUAAGUUAAAUAUACUAUGGAGUUGUUA